CUCAGCUCAGGGGGGGCAAAAGUGUUGCUAGCAACGGAAGUAAAUGUCGAUCAAUUCUUCUAACGUAAAAAAGAAACAGUAAAAAACAUUGACUGACUUCAAACUGCUCCUGUGGUAUUCAAAUUCAACUCAAAAAAGCAUAAUUCACUCCAUGUUUUAGUCUGAACGUCCUCCUGCUAUCCUCCUGACACCCCAGGAGCAGUAUCGAGGCAUUUUCUUUUAUUACGUCUGAAGAAGGGGUCCCAUUGCCUUCAAUUGUAUUGGAUUUGGCUGCAACACUGUUUACCCCGAAGCUCCAAAACUGUUUUGUGGACUCAAACACUUCACCCACCACCUCAUAGUGUUUGAACUCAAAUAUGCAAGGAAUCCUUUAGAGGGAAUGUCAGCGUGCAGGCAGGCAGAACUACGGCUGCCACUCUCAAGCAUGGGAACCAUGCCCCUGUCUCGUGUCUGUGGAAUAUUGGUUCUCCUCAGCGUUGGUCUGAUUUCCAUCCCCCCUCAUUGCCACGGAGGGAACAUUCUGGUGUUUCCCAUUGACGGCAGCCACUGGAUCAACAUGAAGCUGCUGCUGGAGGAGCUUCAUGCCAGAGGACACAGCCUCACUGUGAUCCGGAGCAGCAAAAGCUGGUACAUCCCAGAGGAGUCUCCUCUUUACACAUCCAUUACAAUUCAAAUGGAUGAGAGUCUGGAGAACUUCUUUGAUGAGUUCCUGCAGCAACACAUGAAGGUUCUGAGAGACGGGGCGUCAAUUCUAACUACCAUCAAAAUCACAAAGGAUUUCCUCUCCAUGAUAACUCAUGCUCAUUCCAUUUGGUAUGAUGCCAUCAGUCAAUUAUUAGAUGAUGAAAAUAUGGUAAAAAGAUUAAGGGAAGCCCAAUAUGAUCUUGUUCUCACUGACCCGGCCGUAGCACCAGGGGUUCUGUUAGCAAAGUAUCUCAAACUGCCCCUGGUGCUAAAUGUUCGGUGGAUCCCUGGUGGAGACGGACAGUUUGCCAUAGCCCCCUCCCCGCUCUCUUAUAUCCCAGUGCCAGGAUCGGGUUUAACCGACAAAAUGAAUUUCAUGCAGAGGAUCAAGAACCUGUUUUUCUACGGCAUCAUAUUGUUCCAGAACAAAUUCUUGAUCGGGCCAAUCUACGAUGUUGCCUGCAGUAAAUACAUUGAGGGUGAAUGUGACAUCAUCUCGAUGCUUCAGGAGGCAGACAUAUGGCUGUUCAGGUCAGACUUUGUGUUCGACUUCCCUCGGCCCACGAUGCCGAACGUCAUCUACAUCGGAGGGUUCCAGUGCAAACCGGCCCAGCCUCUGCCAGCGGACCUGGAGCAGUUCGUUCAGAGCGCUGGGGAGCAUGGUGUGAUCAUCAUGACUCUUGGAACCUUGGUCAACGCCUUACCCAAAGAGGCUGCAGAUGAGAUCGCCAGCGCCUUUGCCAAGAUGCCUCAGAAGGUGAUAUGGCGACACAAAGGGGAGCAUCCCUCCACUUUGGGAAACAACACGCUCAUCGUGGACUGGAUGCCGCAGAGGGACCUCUUGGCUCACCCUCAGACCAAAGUCUUUGUAGCUCAUGGAGGAACCAACGGAGUCCAGGAGGCCAUUUACCACGGGGUGCCAGUGCUCGGCAUACCCCUGUUCUUUGACCAGUUUGACAACCUUGUACGUUUGAAGGAGAGAGGAGCUGCCAAGAUCAUUGAGCUGGGCGAUCUUAAUGGACAGAGUUUCAAACAAGGUCUUCAGGAGGUGCUACUGCAGGACAGCUACAGACAGAACAUGCAGAGACUCUCUAGCUUGCACAGAGAUCAGGCAAUAGCACCCAUGGAUCACGCUAUCUUCUGGUUGGAGUAUGUGAUCCGUCACAAAGGGGCAGCACACCUGCGUACGGAGGCUUAUAAGAUGCCCUGGUACUCGUACUACAGUUUAGAUGUUCUGUUAGUGUUGCUGACUGCUGCAGCUGCACUGGUGCUCUUUACUGUGGCUGUUUUCUGGUUCCUGUGCUGCAGAGGUAGAAGGAAGACAAAAGCUAAAGCUGAAUGAGUUUCAAAAUGUUUAGAUAUCUUAUAGAAUAGGUUCUCUAAAGCUCUGUAGACACAAACGUACUGUGCAUCCUAAGGUAUCUUAUUCGUGCGUCUUUGUUACAUAGGAAGUAAAAUGAAAACCAGUACCAGUACCAGUUGUGUUGAGGAUUUUUGGGCUAAAACCAAUUUAGAUGUGUCAAACCUAACUUGUUAUAUGAAUUGUCUAUAAUUUUAUGUUGAUCAAGGCAAAGAUCAGUAUAUUUGUAUUAUUUCAAAGGAAAGUCUCUGUGUCAUUAUUGCUACAGAAUCAAAUAUACUGUUCAUGUUCCCCAGUGUAAAUCCCAAACUAGGUUGUAGGUGGAAUAGAAUAGAAUAGAAUUUAAAAGAAUAGAAAACCUUUAUUGUCAGUGUAUAAGAGAAAGCAGUACAAGAAAUAAGAGGUCCUAUUUCCCCAAAAGAACGCACAUUCUUACAAAUAAUAACAAAAGAAGAAAUACUAAAUAUGCCUG